UCAGAUUUAUAAUUUCAUGAAAUCUGCGAGGUGAUUUUCAAGCUUGUUGUCUUAAAACCUUCCUGAUUGCCACAUUUUUUGCAUAUUUUGAAGCAGCAUUGAGCUCUGUGGCUGCCACAGCUUGAUGUAAACAAGGUUAACAGUGUGACUACACCACUCACUCCUGUAGCCACUCUUGUAGUUUAGCAUGGCUCCAGUGAAGCCCAGCAGGACUCCCCCUUUCCCUCAUGACUGUGUGUAAAGCCGUGGGAGAGAACUGGGAACAUUAAUCCCUUCAAAGGAACAGAUCUAAUUCAAAAUCUGCCGCUCCAAACUAGUUGAGAGGACAGUGAUUGUUUCUGCAGGGAAGCCAGAUAAAGAUCAGAGAGUUGAACUACAACUUCCAUUUUUUUCCAGCUCGGUAAAACAUUUAAAAAGAAGUUCCGGAUGUUAUCUUAUGAAAACUGCAUACUUUUGCCUUCAUUAAAUGCUCUGAAACAAAAAGGAUGCAGUAUUACAGGAUGUGUUAGCUCAGGUUUCUUUUUUUUUCUUUUCGAGAAGCUGCAGUGGAUGGGAUCAUUAGUUUCUUUCUGGUUUUCGGGACCUGUUCAGUCAUAAAGACAUAAGAAGAAAACAUAAUUGAGAUGUCCACAUUUUAAGUGCUACCUUUGUCACCUCACUUAUCUGACAAGUUAAAAACGUUCAUUUAAAUUACCUGCUGGGAGUUUUUUUUUCUUUUUCUUUCAGGCUUUUAGUUUGGGUUGGGAAAGAAUGAACUGGAUUGAGGUUCUGAUAAAACAACUGAUUGAAAUGAGUGAAGGGGAAAUAAGUAUUUAAAUAAUUCAGAGAGGGCAUAAUUAAGUGUUUCAGUUCAAAGGCACAACAAAGAUUUUUUUUUUUUUUUUUUGUAAUUUAAGCUUGAAAUGUAAAAGAGACGCAGAUUCUUCAGAGAUGAGAACUUUGUGUUGAGUCACUUGAUUUGGUCUCUUUCCUCCAUCAAACAGUGAGGCAACGCUCUUGGAGAUCUCCAGAGAUAACAAUGUCACAUUGUCACAUAGGGUUCUGCUACAAAUCCUUAAUUACAAAAAAGAGGAUCAGAUGACUACAGCAUCCAAUACUGGGGUCUCCAGGCGGCAUGGGGGUCUUUGAUCAAGAAAAUCCAAUUAUUUGUGUAUAUACAUUUCCCACAUAGUGAUUACUUCAUUAAUUGUCCCGCCUUUAUCUCCUCCCUUCCCAGCCCCCCUAAUAAUCAGCUCCUUUAUCCAGACCAACAAACACACCAUAGGAGCUUUGUGGAUUCAAAGGAUUUGCUUUCCCCUCUCAAAGAGCCGCUAUUCUUUGAUGAUUGGGCAGCGGCAAACUUCAAAGUAAUAAAUCUUAUUUCUGACUGGCUGGCGGCCCACCAAAGUCCUUAUCAAAUUCUAAGAAGUGAUCCCUCACUCUUCAGAUAGACCAAGGAUAUAUCGGAGAGAGGAAGCACUGGAGAGUGAAGCCCUGCUCGACAAGAUAUAUUUUUUGUGUACCGCGAAUGAGUAUAUUUGUCUAAAUUAGUGCUUUUAUUUUUUAUUCGUCUUUACCGAGCGGAGGAGGACGUUUACCAUGGCAGCAGUGGCUGUACUGCGGAAUGAAACACUUCAGGCUUUUCUUCAGGAUCGCACUCCAAACUCUUCCCCAGAGAACUGUAAGCACUCUCCGCUGGCUCUCCUGGCUGCCACUUGCAACAGGAUCGGGCAUAACCACGGAUCAAACCCCGCUGAUUUCCUCCAGGUCCCCUACGAUCCCACGCUGGGUUCUCCUUCGCGUUUAUUUCACCCGUGGACUAACGAGGGAAACCCUCAGAGCAGCCUGGCCAACAACUCUACUUUCGGACUAUCCUCCAAGCCCCAGCUCUCUGCGCACAUCCAGAGCCCCUUCAGCUCCCACCACGAACUGCCCCUCACCCCUCCGGCGGACCCCUCGUACCCCUAUGACUUCUCCCCCGUGAAGAUGCUGCCUUGCUCCAUGCAGUCCACCUGCCCUCCCACCUACGUCCCCGCCGUCAGCUACGCGGCUCCAGCGCCCAUUCCGCCCGCGAUGCCAAGUUUUGUCACGGGACCCUCCGGCCUUGUGCACCAGCAGCAGAGACAGUUGUCCCCAAACCCUGGAGAGGAUAUUCCGUGGUGGAGCCUCCAGCAGGGGAACCACGUAAGCCACUCUUCCUCACUCGGUCCUCACCGCUUCCAGCUGCAGAGAGGCUUGGUUCUGGGACACACGGACUUUGCGCAAUACCAGACGCAAAUCGCCGCUCUGCUGCACACAAAGUCCCCCCUCGCGACUGCGCGGCGGUGCAGGAGGUGCAGGUGUCCGAACUGCCAGUCCUCCACGUCCAGCGACGAGCCCGGGAAGAAGAAGCAGCACAUUUGCCACAUACCGGGUUGCGGGAAAGUUUAUGGGAAAACUUCUCACCUCAAAGCGCACCUGAGGUGGCACUCGGGGGAGCGGCCGUUUGUGUGCAACUGGCUGUUCUGUGGGAAGAGUUUCACCAGGUCGGAUGAGCUGCAGAGACACCUGAGGACUCACACAGGGGAGAAGCGCUUUGUUUGCCCGGACUGCUGCAAAAGGUUCAUGAGGAGUGACCACUUGGCAAAACACGUCAAAACUCACCAGAACAAAAAGAGCAAAUGCCACGAAAAGACACUAGAUCACGUGAAAAGAGAGGACACCAGGAUGUUGUAACACACCUUAUAGUCAUCUUAAACAGUAGACUUUAAAAUAGUGCAAUACAGUCAGUGCUACACUAGUUACAAGUUCACAGUGAGCUGCAUUUUUGUAGGGUACUUGGUUAAUUUUGUUGGUCGAUUUCUUACAUCCUGACAAUAGUUUCUAACAUUGCUGGUCUGUGUAGCACAUUUGUGUGUGUGUGUAUAUAUAUAUAUAUAUAUAUAAAGUUUCAUAAGUUAAUUUGGGACCAUGGAGGAGCUCAUAAGUUUGAAUUCACUGUCUAUAUCAUAUCAAGGAAGACAAGUUUUCAACUUGUGUUUUGAUCAAUGUCUUCGGUGGAAGAUUUCACUCCCCUGUAAAUGAUAUUUAAUAGCUUUUGUUGAAUGAAAGUGUCUGUUUUUGCUCCAUAUGGGGUGUUUAUAAAAGCAUGCUCUCCAGAAGAUCUGCUAUUGUUAAUAUGACCUAAAUGCUGUGUGAGAAUAAAAGUUAUGACGUUU